UUUCAAAAGUAGAAAGAGAACGAUGUUCUAGUUGGAAUGGCACACUUCCCGCUACUACUUUUAUCACAAAUGACUAGGCUAAACUAAACCAUUCUCUUUUACUUCAUAAAAUUUUCCGGGAAAAUUUUGAAUUCCCGGGAAAAUGCAAACAAUUUCGUUUCCUCUCCUCACUCAUUCAUUUUCAAAUCCACUGAAUUCCUUCCGUCCAUUUCCGUCUCCGGCACAGUUCUCCUCGCUUUCGAUCCCGUGUGGCACCGCUCGCCGGAAUAACCGUUUGCGAGCUUCUACAAACGAAUCAACUCCCUCCACGUCAACUAUCGCCGUCGAUAACUCCGACUCCGGCGACUCCACUGCAUUCGUGAUCCGAGCUCGCAACCGUAUCGGCCUCCUUCAGGUCAUAACCAGGGUUUUCAAGGUCCUCGGCCUCAGCAUCGACAGGGCCACCGUCGAAUUCGAGGGCGACUUCUUCGUCAAGAAGUUCUUUGUGACGGAUUCUCAUGGAAACAAAAUCGAGGACUCAGAGAACUUGGAGAGGAUCAAACGAGCGUUGGCGGAGGCGAUUAGCGGCGGCGACGAUGGGAAGGUUUCGGUGGCGAGGUCUACGGCGAACCGAGGGAUUGUAGUGAGGAGGCCUGGAUUGAUGGAGGGGUUUGGGGAGCAUAGGGCAAAAGCAGAGAGAAUGUUUAGCUUAAUGGACGGGUUUCUGAAAAUCGACCCUUUCAGUCUUCAAAAGGAUAUUCUUCAUCAUGUUGAGUACACGGUUGCGAGAUCACGGUUUAGUUUUGACGAUUUCGAAGCGUAUCAGGCUUUGUCACAUAGCGUAAGAGAUCGGUUGAUUGAACGCUGGCAUGAUACUCACGUUUACUUCAAAAGGACAAAACCUAAGCGCCUCUACUUCCUCUCACUUGAGUUUCUUAUGGGUCGUUCCUUGUCAAAUAGUGUCAUCAAUCUUGGCAUCCAGGAUCAAUAUGCAGAGGCACUAAGCCAACUUGGAUUUGAGUACGAAGUUUUGGCUGAGCAGGAAGGGGAUGCGGCCCUAGGGAAUGGUGGUCUUGCUCGUCUUUCAGCGUGCCAAAUGGAUUCUUUAGCAACUUUGGACUAUCCUGCAUGGGGUUACGGGCUGCGUUAUGAAUAUGGGUUGUUUCGUCAGAUCAUAGUGGAUGGCUUUCAACAUGAGCAACCUGAUUAUUGGCUGAACUUUGGAAAUCCUUGGGAGAUAGAGCGGAUUCAUGUAACAUAUGAAGUGAAGUUUUAUGGUACUGUUGAAGAGGUAGAUAUGAAUGGAGAAAAACAUAAAGUUUGGAUCCCUGGAGAGACGGUAGAAGCUGUGGCUUAUGACAACCCAAUACCUGGUUAUGGGACAAGAAAUACAAUCAACCUUCGGCUAUGGGCUGCUAAACCUAGUAAUCAAUUUGAUUUGGAGGCCUAUAACACCGGAGACUACAUUAAUUCUGUUAUCAACAGACAAAGGGCUGAAACUAUAAGUAAUGUUUUGUACCCCGAUGACCGUUCGCAUCAGGGGAAGGAGAUGAGACUGAAACAACAAUAUUUCUUUGUCUCAGCAUCUUUACAAGACAUCAUCCGAAGGUUCAAAGAAGCACAUAAUAAUUUUGAGGAAUUGCCAGAGAAGGUUGCUCUCCAUCUAAAUGAUACCCAUCCAUCUCUUUCAAUUGCUGAGAUUAUGCGAAUAUUAGUUGAUGAAGAACAUUUGGGCUGGAAUAAAGCAUGGGACAUUGUAUGCAAAAUUUUCUCUUUUACAACUCACACAGUGGUAGCUGAAGGACUCGAGAAAAUCCCUGUUGAUCUGCUUGGCAGCCUUCUCCCUCGCCAUUUGCAGAUUUUAUUCGACAUAAAUACUAAUUUUAUGGAGGAGUUGAAGAAAAGGAUUGGUUUAGAUUACAAUCGACUGUCCCGGAUGUCAAUUGUUGAAGAAGGUGCCGUGAAGAGCAUACGAAUGGCCAACUUGUCAAUUGUUUGCUCCCAUACUGUUAAUGGUGUUUCAAAAUUACAUUUAGAUACACUAAAAGCAAGAACAUUUAAGGACUUCUAUGAGCUAUGGCCUGAAAAAUUUCAAUACAAGACAAAUGGUGUAACCCCGCGUCGGUGGAUUGUGGUGAGCAAUCCUAGUUUAUGUGGUCUUAUAUCAAAAUGGCUAGGGACUGAAGCUUGGAUCCGUGAUGCUGACCUUCUGACAGGAUUGAGAGAUCAUGUUGAAAAUAGUGAUUUCCAUCAAGAAUGGAAAAUGGUUAAAAAGGUUAAUAAAAUGAGGCUUGCUGAGUACAUCGAAGCAAUGAGUGACGUGAAGGUCAGUUUGGAUGCAAUGUUUGAUGUUCAGGUGAAGCGUAUACAUGAGUACAAGAGACAGUUGCUUAAUAUAUUUGGAAUUAUCCACAGAUAUGACUGUCUCAAGAAUAUGGACAAGAAUGACAGGAGGAAAGUUGUACCUCGCGUUUGCAUAAUUGGUGGGAAAGCUGCUCCUGGUUAUGAAAUUGCAAAAAAGAUUAUCAAACUUUGUCAUGCUGUAGCAGAAAAAAUUAAUAAUGACACUGAUGUCGGAGAUCUUCUGAAAUUGGUUUUUAUCCCUGACUAUAAUGUGUCUGUUGCUGAAUUGGUAAUACCAGGGGCUGACCUUUCCCAACAUAUAAGCACUGCAGGACACGAAGCAUCAGGAACUGGGAGCAUGAAAUUUUUGAUGAAUGGAUGUUUACUUUUAGCUACGACAGAUGGAUCUACGGUAGAAAUAAUUGAAGAAGUAGGGUCGGAUAACUUGUUUCUCUUUGGGGCAAAAGUGCAAGAAGUUGCAGAACUGCGUGAAAAAGGAUCUGGUUUAAAAGUACCUCUGCAAUUUGCACGUGUGUUGAGGAUGGUUCGAGAUGGAUAUUUUGGCUAUAAAGAAUACUUUAAAUCCUUAUGUGACACGGUAGAAGUUGGUAAUGAUUUCUAUCUUCUUGGCUCUGAUUUUGGGAGCUACCUUGAGGCACAGGCUGCCGCCGAUAAAGCAUUUGUUGAACCAGAGAAGUGGACUAAGAUGAGUAUCCUUAGUGUUGCCGGCUCUGGGAGAUUUAGCAGUGACAGGACCAUUCAAGAGUAUGCUGAGAGGACUUGGAAAAUUGAUCCCUGCCGAUGCCCUUUCUGAUCACUAAAGUUCCACUAGACGAAGUUAACAAUGAUUGAUAAUAGGUGAUUAUCUGUAUUUCUAGAUAAAAGUAUUUAGAAAUUUUAGUUUAGUUUGGGAAAGCCAGAAGAAACUAGACAAUGAAAACAUAGCGAGGUAUUAGGAAUCUUGAUACCUUGCUCAGUUGAAUCACAAAAUUUUGGCCAUGACCCAUGACAAUUAGGUUUACUGGUCUAACCAAAGUGCACAAUUAUAUGUUGGCCGUUACUUUGGGGACAAAUUACUAUCCCAUGUGUAUUAUUUCAUUUUUGCUAACUGUUAUCUCGACCUACUGGAAAGUAUGUCGUAACAAGUCUCCUGGAUGGUUUCAUGAAAGCCGAUACUAGCUGAAAAUCCAAAUCCUGGUAAUAUUUUUGGUCAUCAAUCCAGAUGGAUAAGAUGGUAAACUUUUGAGAACUGAGGUUCUUUAGAGUCGCCCAAUUUUAUAUUGUUCAGCGAUCUUCAGCCCUUGAAAUAUUUGUGAAUAAUGAUUAACAAUUCUACUUGUUAAAUUAUUCCAUU